AUGUAUGGUGUCGGUAUUCGUGAUUUCUGUCUAGUGGGUCUCCUUUUCAGCAUCAUCAAAUACUCUGACAGUCGACCUAAUGGAUCUGAAUUCUGCCCGCCAAGAGCCCCAUUGGCUCCGUAUUCUGGCGGGCGGUUGCUCAGUGCGGAGUGGUCGAGGGAGGCCGCAAGGACAGGUACGCGGCGCAAAUGCAUCUAUAUGCACGAGGAGUACGAGAUAUACCGAGAGUACGAUGGAAGUGGGCUAGAAAUUUCCCCCGACGGACCGGAAAUCCGACGAGCGAUUGAGGACUGGGACCAUGAAUGGUAUCUCGAAAGCUCCUGGAACGAGAGAAUCCCUACCUCGGAGCAGAUUCCCAUGGCCGACUACACGGACGCGUCUCCCGAGACGGGUGCAAACGGCUAUGAAAGCCCAGAGACCCCGAGAGUUCUCGACAGCGAUACCGACUGCCACAGCUACUCCAUCAACGAGGUUUCAGAGCCAAGCAAUCACCCCGACGGCCCAAAACACAAGUAUCACAUUCUAUCCAAGAUCGGAAAACGAAUCAACAAGUGCCUGGCCGACGAACAGGGCUGCGGAAAACGCUUGAGAUUCGGCUCCUGGUGCACAAGACAAGUGUUUACCUUCAUGACACUCAUGAUACCCUCGAAAAUUGCAGAUGUCAUUGGCAAGCGCCGGGGCGGGCCCGGCGCUAUACUCUGGCCUCUGGGUGUUGUCUGGGAUGAUACGACUUGGUUUGAUCUGGCGGCAUUCUAUCCCUUCAUUGCCGUAUUCUCCCACAUUGGUGAGGAAAUAGCGAACGCAUCGUGGAGAUGGGUUUGUGGCUGCGAACCGCCCCUGGCCAUGAGCCCUCAGUUCCACAUGUGGAACAGUAUAAUCACGGUGUCCUUGUUAGCUGUUGUUAUCUGUGCCUAUUUUAUCAGACGGAGGGACAAAAGCACAGCUGGCCGACAAGUGAAGAAUGUAACCUUCUGGGGGAGACGCACUUACUAUUUGUCAACAAGGAGUAAUCACCCACGAUCGUGA